AUGAAAAAGAGUGACAAAAAUAAACAACUUGAAACAGAAGAUGAUCUUAAUUUCUUGAAAGACGAAAUCAUUUCAUCAAUUGAAUCUGUUACUGCAAAAGAAGUUGAUACAGAAGAUGAAGCAAAAUCAAUUAUUGAAUUUCUUCGAGGAAAUAUGGCAUCUAAAGAAGAUUGGUCCAAAAGAAAUGAAGCAUUAACAAUUGCAUUACAAUAUAUUAAGGGUGGCAUUUAUUAUUUUAAACAAGGCGAUAUUCAAAAUCUCGUUAAGUCAAUCAAAGGAUUAUUAUCAGAUAUUCGUCCAUUAACAAUAAAGAGUACACUUACAUUUUGCGUUGGCGUUUCUCAAAUAAUGAAAAGAGAAAGUUACCAGUUCAUUUCAGAAUUUAUUCCUCUCAUGAUGAAAUUAUUAUCUCAUCAAAAUAUAAAUGUUGCGAACUGUGCUCAUAUAUCUCUUUUGGAGAUCACAAAAACUACAGUAAAUCCAAGCCUUAUUAAACAAAUUAUUCCUUACGGAAAUUCAUCAGAUCUUGCCAGUAAAGUUACAGUUGCCGAAAUGCUACAUAUUGUUACCGAAACUUGGCCCGCAAAGUCGAUAGAAGAAGUCAAAUCACAAAUUAUCGAUUCAUUGACAAAAUUCUCAAGUAAUUCAGACGAAACUUUAGUAAAAAUCUCAAACGAAGCAUACAAGAAUUUAGAAAAUGUCAGUUCUCGUCCAAAAACACAGAAAUCUACAUUACCUUUAAUUUUUGUCCCAAGAAAAGCCAAAAGGACCGAUCAAUUCUCACCACCAAGGAAGCAGAAGCAACCACAAAAACAAUCAUCCAGACAAACAUCUAAAAUUACAGAACCAGUCGAAGACUUUUCUGAAGAUGAUAUUGUUAUUAAACCAAAAAAGGCAGAACCAAAGCCAACUCAAAAGGAAGUGAAAGAAGAUAAGCCAGAAACAGAAAAUAUCACAGGAAAUGAAGAAAAUACUGAAGAUCGUCUUGAUGAUUUUGAAGAAGUAGAGAAACAGACAUUUAUUGAAGAAGGAGAAAUGCCAAAUGAACAGAAACAAGAGGAAGAAGAGGAGAAAGCCGAGGAAAUUCCACCAGAAGAGGAAGAGCAAAAAGAAAUCCCACAAAAUGAAGAAGAGCAUAAAGAAGAGGAAGAGCAACAAAAACCACAAAAGAAACAAUCACGUAUCCCAACAAAGCGCUCUGCUGAAAAACAACCACUUCAAAUUAAUUUUGAAGAAAUAAUUAAGCCAAGCAAAGCAGAAGAGGCUGAUUUAUAUAUCGAAUUCGUAUCUGAUGCAAUUAACAAUAAUGAUUUCUCUCAAAUUGAUCCUCAUGCUGAGGAACUUGGUCCUGGUUUGAAAUCCGCCAUAAAUCUCAAGCCAAAGUACUCACACUGGCUAGAAAUAGUAUCUGGGCUUCUUGACAAAUACCCAGAACAAUUACAGCCUUAUAUCUUCGAAAUUUUCAAAGAAACUUCAUUUAAUCUCAAAAUUGUUGAAAAAGCCGUUCAAAUUUACACCGGAGAAGUAUUAAUCUCAGAUUUGGCAGCUUCUAAGCGAUCUGAACAGAAUCCAGCAGCAUUUCCAUUCCUUGGAGCUUUAUCUGAAAUAAAUGCUCAGGUAGACAUGCUCAGAGAAUGCCCACAACCGCAUGAAACGUGUGCAGGAUUCUGCAAUGCAGUCCUUGGCCUCAAUAAAUUGGCAAACAAAACACCACAGAUUUCAAAUUACGUAAAUGCUCAUAUAAAGAAGAAUUCCUUUGCAGAAGACCUUACAAAACUCAUCAACCAAGCAAAGGAAGGAAAUAAUAUUCAAGAAGAUCUCCAACAUCUCCUUGAAAUUUUCGAAAAAGAUCAAAAUGCACAAGAAAUGAUGACGAUCAUGAAUUCAGAGGCCAUUGAAAUUUUUACAAAUGAAAAUCCGAAACAACAAAUUGCGAUUUUACCACUGUUUUCUAAUGCUAGGAAGUUCACAGAUGUUUCCUUUUCUAAUUUUGUCGAUCCAAUAAUUAAUUGUAUGUCUAAAGAAGAUUGCGAAUGGAAAGAGGACGGAAAACAGGCAUUAACAGAAGUUCUUUAUGAAGUUAAGUCAAUGGGUGUCUUGUUCAAUAUCAUAGACAGAGUACAAGACAAAAGAAGAACUGCUUUAGAAGUUUUACAUAAUUUCUUCGCGAAGGCAACCCCACAAAGAAUUGUUCCUGUACAAAAGGCUGUUGCUAUGAAAUUGAUCCCUUACAGUUCUUCUGAUGAUGACAUCGUAAGGAACUUUGUUAUUAACACUUUUGUCGAAAUUAAUAAGAAGAUUCCGACAGUGUUCAAGAAACAGAUCUCUAAGAUGAAGCCAGCUGUACAACGUUUGGUUCUAAUGAAAACAGCAAGAGCUAAUAAGUAG